UCAGUGUUGUAUUGUUGUUGCCAUUGUCGAUUGUUGGUCGUGUGCGAAGUGAUUGAAAAUACAAAGGUCUUGAACCUGGUAUUGCCUUUCCGUUGUAGAAAUAUUAUUUGUUGGAUGUUUAUCGGUUUAGUGCUAUUCAAAUUUAGCCAUCAUUUCUAAAGUUGCCUGUGUGAUCAGCCAAGCUGCAUGUCCGUCGUAUGUUAGUGAGUUGUUUCUUGUUUGUUGUGUUCCGAGAAUUGAGACGGAAUAGCUGCAUGAUGCCAACUCCAUACUCUUGAUGGUGAUCAUGUUUCAACAAGUACAUUCUUGGGCUUUUGAUUUUCACACAAAAAAGUUUGAAGGGUUCUGAGUUCGAACCUCACGUCUAUUCAUUCUCAGUUGGAAAAGAGUCGUUUGAUUAGUUUUCACUCUAAACUGCAAAUAUGGUUAUAAGAUCGGAUGGCUCACAGUCGCCGCUUUUGGAGGAGCAUCACCACAACAAUUCAAGCCACGAUAAACCCAAACCACCUCUAGUCAAAUAUGGGGAGCUCGUCAUCUUAGGGUAUAACGGAUCUUUACCUCCAGGGGACAGGGGUCGCAGAAGAAGCAAGUUUGUUCUUUAUAAAAGAGCAACUGCCAACGGAGUCAAACGUUCAAAGCAUUAUGUUGUCAAAACACCACAUUCUUCUCAGGCUAUACUCGAUUCUAAUCAGCAUUCCAUCUCGUACACGUUAUCGAGAACGCAGGCGAUCAUCGUGGAGUACAUGCCAGAUGAGAACACCGAUAUGUUCCAGAUAGGACGUUCUUCAGAAAGUCCAAUAGACUUUGUAGUAAUGGACACAGUUCCGGGGCUUGGCGAGAAGGGAUCUGAAAACAAGGUGUUGGCCAGCACGAUAUCCAGGUUUGCCUGUAGGAUACUCGCGGACCGAGCCAAUCCUCAUAUUGUGCGAAUCUAUGCUGCUGGAUUCGAUUCAUCUUGCAAUAUAUUUUUAGGGGAGAAGGCGACGAAAUGGCAGGACAGCGGCGAGAUCGAUGGCCUGACGACGAAUGGCGUGCUGAUAAUGCAUCCUGCGAGUCCGAGCUCGCUUCACUCGCAGAACGCACCACUAGGCCCCGCCUCCGACCAGCCAGUGGCGCAUGACUGGAACGAGGUCUCUGUCGGCGGCGGCAUAUUCAAGCUGCGCGAGUCCAGGUCUGCUCAGCAGAAGGGCGAAGCGAAAACGAAUGUAACAAAUGUUCUUCAGGACGGAACCUUGAUAGAUCUCUGUGGAGCUACAUUACUAUGGCGCUCCGCUGAAGGUCUAGCAAAAUCGCCUACGAAAGAUUACUUAGAAGAGUUGGUAGAUAAGGUGAACGCAGGCCGUCCCGUGUGUCCUGUGGGUCUGAAUACCCUGGUGAUACCGCGCAAGUCCGGCCUUGACAAUGAGAAGCAACAGCCCUACGUCUACCUGAACUGUGGCCAUGUGCAAGGCCACCACAGCUGGGGGCAGGAGAAGGACUCCAACGAACGUUGCUGUCCCAUGUGCUUGAAGCGUGGCAGAGUUGCCAAACUGUCGAUGGGCUUGGAGCCAGCAUUUUAUGUUGAUUCAGGCCCUCCAACGCUCUUCGCUUUCAAUCCUUGUGGUCACAUGGCCACUGAAAAAACCGUCAAAUAUUGGACCAGUGUUCUGAUUCCACAUGGUACGAACGGUUUCAACAUAUUCUGCCCAUUUUGUGCCACGCUUCUGGAAGGAUAUCCUGGCUAUAUUCGUCUGAUAUUUAACUGAAUAGUUAGUGAGCUGAAUGAAACUUUAGGAAAUUUUAUGAAAUCUAACAAAUGAACAUGGUGUAAAUAUAGUAUGUGAUAUUGUUUUUGGUACCGCGCUGGACAGCUGAAACAUGUCUGAUUAUUAGGUUUUAUGUAUGUGUUGGGUCAACGCUUAGUGUGUGUGUCUGAGUUGGCUAAAGACGCGAGUGUUUGAAUUCUGUGAUGAAUUGUUCAUGUGAUCUCUAUCUCAUUCGCUUUAUGCAAUUCUUCAAUUUCAACUUAUUUAUUUCUAGUUCGAUCACUUAAAUCACAGAUUGACUAAUUAGUAAUAACAUUUAAUAUAGAUAUGAACAUUAUUUUUUGUAUCAUUUUAGUAUUUGAAACAUAUAUGAACUUCUACCUUGAUGACUGCUGCAAAAAAAUUUUAUCUUUUGUACAAUACUUGGUUUUCCUCUUCAAAAUAUGUUUAACGUUGCUUGGAAAUACCUUAGUCUCAAAAUAUUCUAUCAAAACUGAAUUAUUCCUUAUUUGAGGUAGAUUCUUUCAGCCCAUAUUAACUUGACUUAGUGGUUCUGUAGAAUUGUUCUUUUUCAUUGGUACUAGAAAAAUAAUAAGUUUCUGUGUUCCAAUAAGAGGAAACAAAAUGAUUUUUAAAAGAUAAAUUAUGGAACUUAACUCUUCUAUUUUAUCAUUUGACUAAUUUACGUUUUAUAUUUUCUCUUCUUGCCAUGAAUACUGGAAGGUCAAUUCCACUUUCGUAUGUUGUAUAGAUGUGAAUUUCAGAUAUUUUUAUGUAAUAAAUUAUCACUUGAAUGUGAAAUAAAAAAAUGUUCUUCUAUGUGGACUUUAAUAAGAGUAGUUUCAAAGCAGCAGCUUUCAUUGUAAAAUCAUUUUUAUAUUCGUGUUCUUUUAAACCUAGUCAUUGAACACUUCUAGAUUACAAAGUACAAAAUUUAUUUUGUUUUGAAAAACAGCUUCGAAUCUAUGAAAUCUACGAUUUCUCUGAAAUAUUUCUUACAUUUAUAUCUUAGUUACUGUACGGUACCAGUCCAAAUUUAAGCAUCUCUCUAUGGUAUUUAUUUAUUUAUUCAUUCAGAAUUACACAACUUACAGAAAAGUACCACAGGCUCACGCCCAAAACGGUUCCAAUUCUUAUUCAUACAACAGUCCAAAUGUAUCUAGGUUAUGUUUCACUUCAACAUUCUUCAGUUACACACUCAAUUUACAAUGUUAUCGCAUGCUAAACUGUAGGAUUCAAUGAAUCAUAUUUUUUGUUGAAUAGUAAUUAAAAUAAUGAAACAUAAAGAUAAUUGCAAAGCUGUUUCCAUUAUUUUGUGGAAUGAAAUUUCUAAUUUUUGAUUUUUCGGGACAGCACUGCUCAUACAAUGAGUUCAUUUCUUCUGACCUCAAUUUUCCUAUAGGAGUAAGUUGAGGACGGAAUAAAUGAAGUUGUUCUAUGGCGACGCUGCUCACAAAAUUCAAGGAAUGGAAACAGCUUUACUAAAUUAUCGUUCAGCAAGAAUUGUGAUUCCUUGAAUCCUACCGUUUGGCCUGUCAUACCAAUAAACGCCGUUUGCACAGUGCCAGUUCUGCUAAUCCAACUGGAUUAAAUCCAUAUUAAAUCUCAUUUGUUAUAAUAUAAUUCAUUUUGAGAUUAAACCACCAGCUGAUUCAAUUCAGUUUGAGAGUUCACUGUGCGGUGCGAACAGAACUAUUGAGUAGCUGUUUGUCUUUCAGUUUCUAUCGAUGUAAUUGAUCAUCAACUGGCAAUGAUGAAAAUAAUGUCAUCAAACUGAACAUCGAUGGAGACUUGACCGUUCUGUUUAUCAGCUUGCUUUACAAGCGAUGUGUUCGUGUUACACAAAAGUCGAUCGCGAGCGUUCCCUAAACUGAAAGUUGAACAUCGACCUGACUGUUCUGUUUGUACCCUGAAGGUGCGAACAGAACAAGUAAGUCGCAGUGAAGAAUGAUGCCACUGAACAGCUGUGUAAUAAUGAAAGCACUUGUAGUCAUUGACAUCAUAUUAUUAUAGAUAUAGAACGUCGAUAGCGAGCUGAAAUCUGCAUAUCGCACCUUAAGGGUACUAACAGAAUGAGUAAGUCGCGGUGUCUAUUUCGGUUUCGAUCGAUAUCACUAUCGAUCAAGUUUAUUUAUUCAUGGAGAUAACAGGUAGAAGCCCAUUUUGCCUCCUUAACACAAUACAAUAAUGUUCAAUAACACGAAAUAUAGA